GUACCGCGCUUCAAGAUGGCAGCGGCGGCGCCGGGUGCGGCGGAGCUGGAGCUGCUGGAGCGGCUACUGGGGCUGCCGGCCGGGAACAAGUACGGCGUCCAGGGGGAGCGGAAGGUUCCUGUUCUCCAAACCAACAAUGGCCCCGGGCUGACAGGGUUGAUGACCAUUGCUGCCCACCUUGUCAGGCAGGCUAAGAAAGAGCAACUGCUCGGGAACACUGCAGAAGAGAAAGCUGUUGUUCAGCAGUGGUUGGAAUACAGAGUGACUCGAGUAAAUGGAGGCUCAAGUAAGGAAGAUACUAGAAUAACUCUGAAGGAUCUUAACAUGCACCUUGAAGAUAAAGUCUACCUUGCAGGAAACAUUUUUACCUUAGCAGACAUUUUGAUGUACUAUGGAUUGCAUCAUAUCAUGGUGGACCUCACAGUGCAAGAAAAGGAGAAAUACCUUAACGUGUCUCGUUGGUUCAACCACAUUCAGCAUUACCCAGGUGUCCGGCAGCAUCUGUCUAAUGUCGUCUUCAUCAAGAACAGAUUAUACACAAAUGCUCAUUAAGGAGAAUCCUAAUGUUGUGUUGGAAGGAGGUUUGGGAGUUUAGAAGUUAUACUGUCCAAAGCCACUAGUAGCAAAUAUUGUUUUGUAACCUUCUGUAUGUGAACCAAAACUGUUAAUGCCUCAGAUAAUACAGUUGCAUUGAAUUGCUGUUGUUCAUUCAAGAAUUUGAACUGAAGAAUUGUAUCAUGUAUCUGAUUAAAUGGAGCAAUGGUAGAAAGAUGGAAAUUAAAUUUUUUUUUAAAAUAGUGAAUUAAAACUCAAAGUUCCUUUAAUUAAACACUUAAGUGUAAUGACAUGAUCUUUAUGGGAAAUAAUUGGUUAUUUUCCUUCAAUUACCCACUCCUUUUGCUAUUUAUUGAAUUUUUAUGUAUGUCGUCCCACUUUCUUUUCAUUUUGUUUUCCAUGAAUGUUUACACUAGUUUUGUAAAAGUUAAGAGCUAUAUUGUGUGCCAAGGAUGUGAAAAAGGGAACAUGCAAAUGUUACAAAGUAUUUAUGUGACUGAAUAAAUUAUUUUAAAACUGUA